AUGCAGCGGCCGGCGGCGGCGGAGCGCAACAAGGGCGCCGUGCUGGAGGUGCUGCGCGGGCUCGCGCCGCCCGGCGCCGCGCGCGUGCUCGAGGUGGCGGCGGGCGCGGGGCUGCACGCGGCGCACUGCGCACGCGCACUGCCGCGCGCCGCCUGGCUGCCCUCCGACGUGGAGCCCGCCGCGCUGCGCAGCAUCGCUGCCUUCAGAGAGGCCACACAGCUGCCCAACUUGCUGCCGCCCAUCUACCUGGAUGCCUCGAAGAGCUGGGAGACGUGGGGCGGCAUCCAGCCUGGCACCCUGGACAUYGUCGUCAACAUUAACAUGAUGCACAUCUCCGGGAUGGAGUGCACAGAGGGCCUCUUCAAGGGAGCAGGGGUGUUGCUGAAGCCUGGGGGGGUGUUGUUCACCUAUGGGCCGUACGCCAUCGGUGGGCACAUCAGCCCUCAGAGCAACGUUGACUUCGACYUCAGCCUGAGGCAGAGGAAUCCGGCCUGGGGCCUUCGGGACACGGACCUGCUGCAGCAGCUGGCUGAAGCCAAUGGGAUGUGUCUGGAGAGGAUGGUGGACAUGCCUGCCAACAACAAGUGUCUCAUUUUCCGCAAGCACUGACRCGCCGACCCUCCGUGUUCUGCUUUGCUGUGGCUGCAGCAUCGCACCGUUUCUGAGCGGAAGCUUUUGUACCUCUGUGCCAUCCUCCCAGCAGGGCCAUUCCUACAUCUCCAUCUUUGAUGCCUUCAAACCGCCCGCGCUGUUGUUCUGGCACCAGGCUGGGGCUUCCCUGGCAGCCAGGAGCUGGACGGGAGCAGCACAGGGACAGUGCCACAGCCACCCUGGGACCAGGCUAGAUCCUCUCGGGGCCCAGCUCCUGUUCCUCUCUGCAGAGCAGACCAGCUCGGGCAKGGGUGGAGGGCUCUGCCCAACAGCUUGUGGACCAGGUAGGGCAUUCCACAGGGSCUUCGGGUGUGCGUGGGGCUGGCGCAAGGGGAACCUCUCUUUGGUGCCUCAGCUUCCCUCUGUACAGCAGUGAGACGCCACGUGUGGGGAAAGUGCUUUGCCGGAGGUGUCCGGAAUCUCAGCCCCUUCCUAACACCAGGGAGUCUGCCAGGCUCUGUGUGGAGGUGCAGCUGCAGGCCACCUUCCCCAAGCCUGACUGGCCUCAAGUGUCCCCAUCCACCUGGAGCCAGUUAGGAGAAGCAGAUCUUACUCCAUCCCCUGUUUUCCCAGCACUGAGAUUUGGGGGGCCCUUCAGCCCUUGUCCGAACUCCCUGCACCCAGUGUCUUGCGUGGACACGCUGCAGCAUGGAAGGCAGGUGGAAAGCUUGCUCCAGGAGUUAUAAGCUUGCUCCUGGGGCACAGUGCACUGGCCUUGGAGGUUUUGGAGCUGUGGGAAGGUUGGA